AGGUUUCACAUGUUGGGUUUUCCUUGUCGUGCAUUUUGUAUUGGCCAUCUUUACAGGAGAAAAAAACUCUUUGCAAUUCUAUCAUAUACAAAGAUGGAAGUAAAGAUUGACAUAUGUUAGUUUUAAGACGUAGUUGAUUAAUUUCACUUUUAUAGUUGAGGUCCGUUAUCCGAAAAGAGUAGGUCAGUGAAUUCUGGAGCGAAGACAUAGUUGGAGUUGUCAGCGAUUUGGUUAGACAAGUGUAGCGACAUGGGUAUUUCGGAUCACUGAGAUAAGAUUUGGGAUCGGACUCACAGUUAAAUAUAAGAUUAACGUCAGAAGUGAUGGAUCGGGGACUUGGUGACCUAUAUAAAGAUACGCAGACAGCUUGAGUCCCAUAUCCAUAAGGAUUUUGACGACUGGCAUGCCCCAGAUAUGUACGCUGCAUACCUGUAGCCGAUCAUCGUUACUGAUGAGCGGAGAGAUUGAAGAAGGUGGCGUUGUGGAUCCUUGGGAGGCCAGACAGUUGCGCUUCUCUUGGGGGUGAAGGUGAAGGUGAAAGAGAAGGACGAGAGAGACCUUCAAGCCGUUGCUUCUCACAUUGGGAGCAUCAAAAUGGCAAGCUCUACAGCAACCAAGUGUGAAGAUGGGGCUUCAGCGGCGAAGUGCUGUGAUCUAAAGGUCACUACCUUUUAUAAAGCCGGUGCGCUUGUAGGCAAGGGUGGUAUUUGGGAUCCACCCACCAAAAACUAUUACUACACCGACAUCCAAGCGAAGACCAUUCACAAGUAUCACAUCCCAACUGGUAAGCGCACAGACUACAAUGUGGGUUUUCAAGUGGGAGCAAUGGCUUUGACCGAGGACGGUGAGGGGCUCGUUCUGGCAUAUGAAGAUGGCUUUGGAAUGUGGAGCUUCAAGAAUGAGAAGUUCACGGUCUUGGCAAAUCCUUAUGGCGUAAACAGCGGUUGGCGUAUGAACGAUGGCGCAUGUGACUCCAAGGGUCGGUUCUGGGCUGGCCGGUUGUUCAAGACCGACGAGAGCAAGCCAGGAGAGAUCUACAGGCUUGAGACGGACGGCAAGACUGCCACAAAGGUCAUUGAUAACAUUUGUUGUACUAAUGGCUUGCUGUUCAGCCCCAAUAAGAAGCUUUUGUAUUGUGGUGACAGCACAUUGAAAAAAAUCUUUGUGUGGGAUUAUGAUGAAGAGUCCGGCACUCCAAGCAACCGCCGCCUUUUCCUUGACACAGCUCCUUUGUUCGAGGGAGUGCCAGAUGGAGCCACCAUUGAUGAUGACGGGUACUUGUGGGUUUGUUUCUAUGAUGGGCAGAAGCUGGUGAGCAUUUCACCCGAGGCUAAGGUUGUGUGUUCCAUUGAUAUGCCCGUGAAGCGCCCCACUCAGCCGUCGUGGUUCGGCGACAACCUCGAUGAGCUUCUGGUCACAUCUGCAAGUGCUGGAGUUGAUAUGAACCAGUUCCCUCUCAGUGGCCAUGUUUUGCAUCUUUCUCCUGGAGCACGUGGACAGCUCAAGGCCAAAUACAAAUACAACCCAGCUCACUAGACUUCAGGCAAGGAUUCACUUUGUGCACAGAACUAGAAAUAUUGUCAUUGUAAAUAUCUCCCAAAGCCUUUGUGACUUGGGUAAUACCAUGCCUCGCAGCACCUGUAAUAAUCUUACACGCGGUUUUUCUGGCUUCAACGUACUCUGUUGAAAAGCAUUAUUACGCAUACUUUACAAUAAAAGCUGCUUGUUUAUUCUUCCACCA